CCUCUGCUCCCCGGAUCCGUGCUGCCCUCGCCCUCGCGGCGGUUGUGCCCUGCGGUCUCCGCUGUUUGACGCUCGGCCACGCGAUGACGUGUCGGCGCGCGGUACACGGCCGUUUUGUUUCAGUUGGAGCGCGAGCCGCUGCGGGAAUAACGGCUGCGGCGGCGCCAGCGAAAGAGCUGCGGCUCGGAAUCCGGGGCCGGUUCUCACCUCGAUCCCUUCCUUCCCCCUCACCCCAUGGCCAGCAUGUCCGCAGGCAGCAGCUGCUGUGCCUUAGAUUCAUGGGCACCUGUGCCGCUGCGCCUCCGGGCUUCUCUUCCUCCAGCUCUCGGCGUGACAGUGGCCGUGUGAGAGUAAGAGAACCCCCCCCCCCCCCGCAACUUGCAGCAUUUAUUUGGAAGGAGGAGGGGGGAACUUUUUUUUCAGACAUCUUCAUCAUUCGGCUGGUGCCGACUGUAAACCAUGAUGAAGACGGAGGCUUCAGGAGAGAGAUCGACCCUCCGCAGUGCCUCGCCGCACCGCAACGCUUACCGGACCGAGUUCCAGGCUCUCAAAAGCACCUUCAGUAAAGGCGCCGGCAACGCGGGGGUGGCGGCGGCCGCCCCUGGAGGCGAUGGAAAGGCGAGGGAAGGCACCGAGAAUCCGCUGCAAGCCCGGGGAAGGAAAUACGGCUCCAAUGUUAACCGGAUCAAGAACAUGUUGUUUAUGCAGAUGGGCAUGGGGCCUGGCGAGGACAACGGGUCUUCUGCCCGCAGCAAAGGAGCCCGAGGGACUUCGUCGUCCCCGCACCGGAGAGUGCGAGCCCGGGAUGUGGCGGACGUCGCAGCCGGCCCCCGGGUCAAGCUGGCCGAUCGGACGAGUCGCAUCGAAGCCAGUCGUGAUGGGCCAUCGACCUACUCCAAAUUUUCUGAGACACGCAAACUGUUCGAGCAGAGCAGCCGCGAGUCGCUGGCCCUUUCUCACCAGUGCUCCCCCAAACGGGAGCGCAAGGGCUCCCAGGACCAGUUGCUGGACGAGCUGCAGGCGAUCGAUGGGCCCCGCUCCCAUAGGGGUAGCACCGAGUCUCUGGACAGCACCAGCCCCAGGACAGAAUCCCUGUCUCCCACUGUCAGCCAGCUCAGUGCCGUCUUCGAAAGCACCGAGCAGCAAAACCCGGCGGCGGGCGAAAGCGGGCUGCACGGCUCCUCGAAAACCAUUGAACGACUGAACGAGGAGCAACCCCCAGACUCGAAAACAUCCGUUAUUCAAGGUGAAUACAAGAAUUAUUUUGUAAACGAGGAUACUGGAGGUUCACCGAAGACACAUGAAAAACAGCCAAACUUUGCCAGCCAUGCGACAUUUCCAUCGGAGACCGUCAAAACAGAUCCUUCUUGUAACCAGAACAGUGCAAUGGACGAAAGGCAAACUAAAUCCGGAGCGCACGUUGGUGUGGACCAUCGUGAUAAUCAGCAAGAACAAGGAUCCAUUGCAGAAGGUAGUUAUAACUUAGAGAAACACACAAACCUUCCUAUGGACGUAAAUCAAAGCAGUGUUGCUUCAGAUUUUCAGAAAAGCGCUGCGAUUGCAACUGGAACAGCUUCAGGUCAGCGAGGUUCAACAACAAGCGAAAAUUCCUCAGAGGAAAGUACAACUGAACAUUCUGGGAUUCCAGUCACAAAUCGAUCAGUUGACAAAACCGACGGUUUGGAAUAUCCCAGAACCGAAUCUAAAAUUCAAAAUGUGGAGGCUAAGGGCUGCAGUGUGGAGUCAGGAGAUGACGCUGGUUGGGAGCACACUUAUGAGGACUCAGAGGAGCAAGUGGAUAGCGAUGGAGAUAAUUAUGACCCAAAUGUGGAAUGCACAGAAGUAAAAGGAUUAUCCGAUGAAGAUAAUAUUCCAACGAAAAGGAAAGUUAAGUUCAGCACGGCUCCCAUAAAAGUUUUCCAUACGUACUCUAAUGAAGACUAUGAUAGGAGAAAUGAUGACGUGGAUCCAGUUGCUGCAUCUGCUGAAUAUGAACUGGAAAAACGAGUAGAGAGGCUUGAUCUUUUCCCUGUUGAACUUGAAAAAGAUGAAGAUGGUCUCGGCAUCAGUAUUAUAGGAAUGGGAGUUGGAGCAGAUGCAGGAUUAGAAAAACUAGGAAUUUUUGUCAAGACCGUUACAGAGGGAGGAGCAGCUCAAAGGGAUAGCAGGAUCCAGGUGAAUGAUCAGAUCGUGGAAGUGGAUGGAAUCAGUUUGGUGGGUGUUACUCAAAGUUUUGCUGCCACUGUUCUGAGAACAACUAAAGGCAGUGUUAGGUUCCUGAUUGGGCGAGAGAAACCUGGCCAGAGCAGUGAGGUUGCUCAGCUGAUCAGCCAAACUCUGGAGCAGGAACGACAUCAAAGAGAACUGCUGGAACAGCACUAUGCUCAGUAUGAUGCUGAUGAUGAUGAGAGAAACAUUGUGCAUGAUUUUCGUGGAAGCAGAAGGAGCUGCAACAAUAACAACAAUUCUUCUUUUAAGCAGACAGGGGAAUAUGCCACUGAUGAGGAGGAUGACGAAAUGGGCUCAGUUCUCACUGGUGGUGAAAUGGCGAUUGAAGUGUUUGACCUGCCUGAAACCGAUGAUAUGCUUUCUCCUACAGAGGUGGACGCCAGCAAGAUUGCUCACAAAUUCAAAGAGCUACAGAUUAAGCAUUCUGUUACUGAAGCUGAAAUUCAGAAAUUGAAAACUAAGCUCCAGUUAGCAGAGAAUGAGAAGGUUCAGUGGGAAAUGGAGAAAACACAACUCCAGCAGAGCAUUGAAGAGAACAAAGAAAGGAUGUUGAAAUUAGAGAGCUACUGGAUUGAGGCACAGUCCUUGUGUCAUACGGUCAAUGAACAUUUAAAAGAGACCCAAAGCCAAUAUCAGGCUUUAGAGAAGAAAUAUAAUAAAGCCAAGAAACUUAUUAAAGAUUACCAGCAGAAGGAAAUAGAAUUUGUUAAGCAUCAAGAUGCUGAAAGAAAGAAAUUUGAAGAAGUUGAAAAGCUACAUGCAGCAGAAGUUCAGAAACUUCAGAGCAGGAUUUCAGAUCUGAAAGUCGAGCUUCAAAAAUUAACGAGAACAAAUGGGACUCAAAUGAACAACAAUAAUAACAUCUUUGGAGAGGAGCAGGAAAAGAAAACAACAUUCAUGGAUAUAAUAAGAGAGCCUCCACUUAAAGCAAUUGAUAGCUUGACAAGAAUGCGGGGGUACAACCUUGACGGUUCAACUGAAGAAGUUGUUGAAACUUCAACUAUGAAGUCAGCUGACCCAGAUGAGGUUUUUGAUUUUAAUGAAGCAGUACCUGAAACACAGAUAUUGGAUAGCAAAGUACUAAAGGCUCGAGCACAUCUUUCAGGGAAAUCAAAGCGACAACGACCCUCGAGAUCCAGGAUGCAUGACAGUGUCAGCUCAACUGAUGGUGAUGAUAGUCUUGAGCGAAAGCCUUUAGAUAGCUAUGGAAGUCCCACGCACAUUUCCAGAUCCCCCCUGCCAGCAUCCUUGAGGACUUGUUCACCAGCAUCUGAUUCUGGAGCCUCUUCAUUAUCUCCAGUAGCCAGCAAUGCAGUCUUCUCAUUUGAUACUACAGUCGAAAAUCAAGCUCUGGGAGAACAUAACCAACGAGGUUUGACAUCAUCAGAGCGACUUUCAGAGGAUUCUGUAGGAGGAACCACAACUUCAUUGCCAUCAAAUCCUUGUCACAAUGCUACAUUGUCUUUCUUGCAUCAUAUGGAUAACCAAGGCAAAAUGAGAAAACCUGAAGAUGACAACAGAGGUAUUUCUUCACCAACAAAAGUCAGUCUUCCUAUGAAUCAAAAAGAGAACACAAAACAAAAGUUUGUUGACUUUGGCAUUCAAUUGCAAACAGCAUCUUAUAAAGGGAAUAAACAAAAGGACAAAGAGAAAGAAUCCAAUAGACUAUCAUCAGGAAGCAGGAUCUCCAAGGAUACCCUGGAUAGCUUGACAAGUACCAUUUCAAUAGGAGAAACAUCUUCCUCCGUCUCACCAUGUGUACUUUUAUCCUGGUUUGGAGAAAGUGCCAGAGGAUACAAUUCUUCCAGUAAUAUGCCAUCCCCGAGCAGCUCAACAGAACCAUCUUCUGAGAGCCUAAGCCCAGAGAAACAGAGAUAUAAGAAUUUCACCUACAUUGAUGACUUUAGCCCCAGUAGCACAAGUUCUGCUGAUUUGAGUGGAUUGGUUGCAGAACCAAAUUCUACAGGGCGUUCCCUAAUAUUGGCACUCUCCUCUGAUGAGAUCCUCGAUGAAGGACAAUCACCAAAACACAAUCAAUGGAAGACUCAUGCUCUUUUGGAUUGGAGCACCCAUCAGGUUUCUCAUUGGCUUAUGGGACUGAACAUGGAACAAUAUAUUCCACAAUUUACUGCCAAAGGCAUUGAUGGAGAACAGUUGCUGCAGCUGGAUGGAAGCAAACUUAAGGCAUUAGGUAUUGUGUCUCAAGAUCGAGCCAUCAUUAAAAAGAAACUAAAAGAACUAAAGUCGUCAGUUGAAAAAGCCCGUAAAGCACAACAGAAGUUAGAGAAACAAAGAGAAAAACGGAGAAAAAAAGAACAGGAGCAGCUUCUGAAAAAGAAUAAGAAAAGCAAAUCUUCAUUUCCAGCAGCAGAGCCUGAUACUGAAUAAGACUGGUAGAAAGUCUGGGUUAGUAAUGAAGACUUAAGAGGGUUUUAGUAUUAACCCAGCAUGCAGUAUCCUGUGUGGCAGAGCUGUUGACAUGUACAGAUUUUAAGAAAAAUGCACUUCAGAUCUCAAUUUUUCCAAACCUCAAAGUUAGUGAUGUUUUGGUGACUGUCGUAAAAGCACCAAAAAUCAGUGGCAUUUUUUGUACUACUGUUAAGUUUACCAUUCCACAACUGGCUACUAUGGAAGACUUUUGUGAUUCCUCUUGCUUUAGCACUAAACUGAGUGAAGCCCAAAGGAAGGAUCUGCAGAUGUGUGACUGUCCAACAGCUCAUCUGACAAGGUAUCAGCUAAAAAAGAGUUUGAAACGAUCAUACAAAAUGCAGCCAUCUUUCUGGAUUGGAAAUUGUUAGAUUUGGGAGUUAAGAUCAUACAAACAUUUCUAUUUUCAUGAAGUCUUAAAAAAAAUUGGGGUGUGGAUAACUUUUGUCCCUUUUAAGUAUUUCUACAAGAAUAUUACUCAGUUUAAAUGAAAAUAAUAUUACUGUCAGUAUUUGUGUGCCUAUUUUUUAAGUCUUAAAAGAAGAGAAGGAACUUGGUCUUUCAUGAACUGCUGCUUUUUUCCAGAACCUUCAUGUCUUUGAGAACUAAGAGUUUAGUUCCCAAAUCUCUGCAUUAUAUAAAAUUACUGUAAAUGCAAAUGAUUUUCAAAUUAAAAUAUUUUAGUUCUUGCAAAUGAAAUGUUUGAACUGUAGAGGGCCUAGAAUAGGCAAUUUCAGAGACCUGCAUAUUGCACUGAAACUUAAUGGACUUAAACUCCUUAGCAGGAAGCUAUACCCACAGAAUACUACUUGUGAUACCAAUGUGUGAUGGACAAUAUAGCUGUGGAAUGAGUGAGUACCCAUUUUACUCUACCAGUAAGAACGCCUUUACAAAGAUAUAAAGGAAAUUUUCACAAGUGGUAGAAUAUUUUUGUGCACUCCAUUGUUCUGCAUUCUAUUUAUUAGAAGAGUUUCAUAGAAGGUAGCUGGGGAUUUCAGUACUCCUUUUAAAGUCCCAUGUAGAUAACUGUUCAGUUGCGAUAAUGAAGAUUUUCCAGAGUAGAGGUGUACAUAUACAUAAUUUCAAGGAAAUUAUAAGGUGGGCCAAGAUAUAACCAUUUAUAAUAUUUCAAAAUUGAGUAUUGUCUGGCUGAGUAACAAAAUAUACAAACAUUUAAGUGGAAAGAGGGUGAUUAAUUAAAUAAGGCCAGAUUUUCUUUAAAAAAACUAAUCAGCUUUGUUGGAGAAUUUCUACAGAUCAUCUUUUAUAUUCCACUUACAAAUUUCAUAAAUUCAAUGUUAUGUGCCAAUUCAGCAAAAUCAGUAGGAAAGUAAUGUAUUAAAGCUCUGGUCUGAGUGUAAAUUAAGGAAAUAUGAUUACUAUUGUCUAUAUGAUAACUUUUGUGAUAAAUAUGCAUUCAUGUGUCUCAUGUUUGAAACUUGUCUCAUUUUACUGUUUCCAAAAUUCUCUAUUUAGUUUUACUUGAUGUAAAGUAUCUGACAGAUUAUUUAGAUUUGAUUGAAUCAAUGCUCCAACUUCUUAAAAACAUUAAAACGUUGUUAUUUUAUAUGUGAACAAUAUUAUUUUUAGAACGCCAACAUAUUAUCUCACAUGAUUUGGGGACUCAUCAGAUAACUUUGUUUUGAAUAUUGCUUCUUGAGAGAAUUUUUAAAAGUUCCCCAGUGCUUGAUUAAUGUAUCAAAAAUGUAAUUUGUACAGUCCUUUGCAUGUUUUUGAAUCAAAACUUUUUCUUCUGUUUUUGGUAAGUACAUUUUCUCCCAUGUCUCACUGAAUGCAAGUGGAUUCAUAAAUAACUCAGCACCAAACAUAUUGGUUUCCUACCCUCUUCAUCACUGUAUGGCCUAUUUUGUUUAUAAUUGUGUGUCAUCAAUUAUAGCCAGUAUUUCACAUUUUAUUUAAAGCAAUUAAAUACUGUAACAGCGACAAAAGGUUGAAUAUAUUUUCAUGUAAAUUCUGAAGUGAAAUUUGUGGCAUUAUGCACUUUCACCUUAAUUGUUUUAAGUUUCAUUUUACCACUUUGAAGGUAUUUUAGUGGUUAAAAUUCUUAGUUCUAGUGCAAUCUUGCGUAAAAAUUAAGCAGCAGACAAGUAUGGGCAUUUAAUUAAACUAAUUUGGUGGAUUUGUUCAAGGCCAUUUCUCUGUUAUCAAAGAGAUCUACAGUAAUUCUGUUUGCAGAUGAUUAGCUAAAGUUCAGUUUUUAGGAUGUGACCCUGAUAAGUUUUAUUGCUUUUGAUCCAAAAUAUGUCAGACUGAUUCAUCUGUUAAUCCAAAGAUUUAUCAAUAAAACUUAAUUAUUAAUGAAGAAGAUAUGUACUAAACAUAAAACAGGUUUGCAGUUCAGUGCAGCCAAUUUAAAUAAGUUGAAUCUGACAUCAGUUUGGUCUGCUGAUCUGUUUGAGAAAGGUCCUAUGAUAUUCUGCGCUUGUAUUUUCUGCUUCUGUACUGCAUGUGUUUGUACUUCUAUAUUUCUAUCCUCCAGUUAUUAUUUCUUUCAUUACAGUUAACAUUUUCUGGCUUCCUUACAGUUUCCAACAAGGCAGGUACUCAUUGAUAAAUAUUAAAACUUGAGGAAGAAGGAAUAGUAUUGUUAGAAGCAGCAGUUCAUGUAAUGAAUUGUGCAGCUAGCUUUCAACUACUUCAGCCAAAAAGAUGUACAAUCUUUAAAGCAACCACUCCCUUUGUCCAUGGGUUACUGUUCUCAGCAAAACAGUGAUAUUCAGACUAGCAUUAUUCUCAUGUAUUAACUUUCCUUUGCUAGUUGCAAGAAUGAUUUUUUUUUAAUUUUUACACUCCCAUUUGUUGCAAUAUGAGUAUGUCAUGCUUCAAUAUUUGUCAAUAUACACAACUAUUUAAGUGUGCCAAAUCCUGCAAUUUAACAACUAAUGCUAGAUAACUUGUCUGAUAUAUUUUUAAACAAGUGCCAUAGGGAUGCCUCUGUUGUAUGAAAGUCCUGCUGGUAGAUUUUCCAUGUUGACCACUAAAGUGAAAACUGUAAAAGGACAGGUAACAAAUUGCUGAGGCUAUACUGCAUUUAGUAGUUAACUGAAUCAACUAGUCUGGUAUAAUUUUUUUGGAACAUUUUCUGAUGUGGUGAACUAUUAUACUAUUAAAUACUUUGAAGCUGAGGGGAAUUAAAAGGAAAAAUUAACUUUGCAUACAAUUAAAAUAAAUAAAUCUAGCAAGCAUAUAAGGUAGCGAUGAUGAUCCAUAAUAGGAAGGUAUGAUGAAUUGCCUGCACAGAAUGAGGGAUUAUUUGGUAUUUAACAUAAACUGUAUUAAAGGAUGUUGUAUCGGUGAUUUUGCCUUUUUCUGAAUUGUGUAACAGUUAAUUCAUUUUGAAAUAAUACAGUUAGUUACAUGUAGCUCAAGAAUGACUGGGCAGCUAAUGAAGAAAUGCACUGAGGAUGUUGAAUUUGUUUUAAAUUGCUUGGGUGUACUUUCUAUUUGUGUUACCUAAGCAUCACAAGAUGGAGGAAAUUAUUUUGAGUAAAAUAUGUACAAAUAGCAUGGCUUGGUGUCUGAUAUGAACACCUAUUCACAAUGUUCCUCUGACUGCAUGAUAUCUUAAUGAAAUCUUAGUGCCAUGCCUGAACCUAGUCGUCUAUGCUUAGUGAUGUACUGUAUUCCUAUGUUGUGUUUACAAAAUUACAUUCCUCAAUGUUUUAUUUCAAUGUUCAUGACUGAUGGGAGCUUUAUAAUGGCUAGUUUGUCCUUCUCUCUCAAUUUAAAAUGACUGUGAUGAGCUAAUAUUAGUUGAUGUAAAUAAAGAAUUUGCCAGUUGCCAAAUGCAUAGCAUUGUUGUCUGACAACAAAUGCAUUAAAAGUAACAAGAAUUGAAAAGU